UGAAUUUUCUUUCUUGAACGGUUUUGCGCCCUACCCAAUCCCCUCCAUUUGCUGAAAAACUUCUGUGCUCUUCUGCAUCAAUUAUUUAUUUUUAUCGCAAAAAUGGGCAGCAAGACCAGGAAGAAGCACAGAGAGGACACGCCCACAUCAUCUUCGAACUCCGACGAUGAUGAUUCGGAAACCUCGGAAGAUAGACGGCGCCGCCGCCGGAAGGACAGGCGAAGCAGCGAUGGGAGUUCGAGGAGAGAGGACAGGAAGAGAGAAAGGAGAGAUGAGAAGAGGAGAAAGAGGAAAGAAAGAAAAGAAAGGGAUAGAAAGAGAAGGAAAUCAAGGAAGAAGAGGGAUUAUGACUCAGAAUCUGAAUCUGGGUCUGGCUCGGAGUCCGGUUCUGGGUCUGAUGCCGAGGAGCCGAAGAGACAACGGGUCAAGCCGGAAGAUGUGGUGAAGGAGAUGUUGAUGGAGUUUCCUGAUGUUGGAGAUGACCUGAAGCAGCUUCUCCAAAUGAUCGACAGUGGCCAAGCUGUUGACAUAAAAGGCAUCUCUGAGAAGCCUUUAAUCAAGCAUCUGAAGAAGCUUUUUGUUUCCUUGAACCUCAUGGAAAAAGGAGAUAGGGUAUUUUUGCUGCCUUCGAAUAAUUGUCCUACCUUGGAGCUUGUUGGACCCCUCAUCGAGGCCCAUAUACGAUCUAAAGAGCAAAAGGUUGAUGAUGUGCAUUCUGUACCGCCUGUUGCAGAAAGUAAACAACUUUCAGAUAACAACAACUCGGUAAUGCCAGCUCCAGAUGAUGAUGCUUCUGGUCCAAGAAGAAGGAUGAUUGGCCCUGAAAUGCCAUCAGCUGAGUUACUUGCUGCUGCAGCGAAGUUAACAGAAGCACAUGCUGAGCUAAGAGAAGCUGAGUUGGAGGAAGAUGACGAACUUUUUAUAGGACCUGCCCCACCUGCUAUGGUUGCUGAAGCUGAAUCGGCAAAUGAGGCAGAGCGUUUUGAAGAGGUGACAAGGAUAAUGGGCGUUGAAGGUGAUUCUCCAUAUGAUGUUGUAGGAGCGAAUCAUAACACCUCUGCUGAAAAUAUAAAGAAGAGAUACUGGAAGCUGUCCCUUUUGGUGCAUCCGGACAAGUGUUCUCAUCCUCAAGCUCAUCAAGCAUUUAUCAAAUUGAAUAAAGCAUUUAAAGAGUUACAAGAUCCAGAUAAGCGAAAAUUGAUGGAUGAGAAGAUUAAACUCAAGGAGGAACAGGAACAGUUUAAGGUUGAGUUGAAAGCUAUGCGUGAAGCUGCUCAAUGGAGAAGAUCACAAGGGAUAUCCAUGGAGGGUGAUGAUGAGCUCCUGGCAGAAACUGAAGUUAAAGUAGCCCCAAAAAGAGAUGAAUGGAUGACGACACUGCCUCCUGAAAGGAAACCAGGCAUGACCAUGCAUUCUUCAAAAUUCAGCAAGGGUUCUAGAGAAGGACGUGGCGACACUAGUGUUUGGACAGAUACCCCUUCAGACAGGGCCCAAAAGGCAAAAAUGAAUUACUUGGAAGCAUAUAACGAGGCUGCAGCACUUGCUUCGAAUGAAGAAGAAAAGAAAAGGUCAAGUGCAGAUGCAGAUUUGGUGGAUAAAUACAACAAAGCAAAACGAUCAAAAUCUUUAGUACAAAAGCACCAAGAAGAGGCUGCAAGUCGUUCAAAGAAGAAAUCAAAGGAGCAACCAGAGAAAGAAGAAUGGGCAGGACAGCACCCAUGGAAGCCUUGGGAUCGCGAGAAGGAUCUUGUUGCUGGAAGGCAGAAUAUAAAAUUUGAUGCAGACAACAUGGCUCAGGGUUUGUCUUCCAGGUUCUCAUCAGGAAACUUUCAAAGGAACUUCCUUUAGUCCAUGGAUGAGCUCUUUUUAUGUAGGAUUACAUGCUUCUUAAGAGAGAGAGAUACUUAAACACUCAAGUGUUUUAUGUUAACAAUAUACAGACAUUGGUAAACUAGGAAAUAAAAGAUAUUCAUUUUAUGGAAUAUAAUUUCCAAAUUA